AUGCCCGUCACAGUCAGGCCGUCAAAUCAUGGGUCGACAUCCUGGGCAGGUCACAAAUACCGACUCGCAUCGUCGCCCGAGAUCUUGCUACAUUAUACACUAACCGACGACACGCGCACCAGCCCGCCGCGGGCCAGACAGUUGGUACAGAGUUCGUUUGCAGGGCUCGAGAGGAAGGAUAACGUCUUCGCUACUAAGAAUGGAUUUGUUCAUGCGUGCGUGGAUGCGUAUAAUGAGCAUCAUUGCCUGGUGAUAAGGCCGGAGGAUGUCUGGUUCGCUAUCCUAACGCAGUUUUGUUCCUACGUUAAUGGGCACGCGGAGGAGCUGCGCAAGCGAUUCUGCACCUACGAGGGCCAACAGGAGUUACAUAUCGACGUCGAUCUAGACGAUGCCGACCAUGGUAAAUUGGCGUAUUUAAUGACUAAAGUAUUGGGCGAAAGACUGCGGGACGAGCACUUGCAACAAUGGGUCCUGCCGGCUUUCACGACUACGACUAAGAUAGACCAGGCUGUCGCCAGCAUCAUAUUCAUGGGCACGAUGCAGAAGUAUUUCACAUAUAGUUGGGGAACGCGAUGCGGAAUACCAUCCGUAACCUUACUUGGCGAGGAAAGCGAUUGGACCAAGAUCCGGGAGCGAGUUGAGCGGCUGGAGACCUUAGGCUCGGAACCGUCCCGAUGGCUUCGGCUACUUAGGCCUAUCUUAGACGGGUUUGUUACCAGUUUCAGAGACCCAGAGAGUGAGACAACAAGGAGAUUCUGGCAGGGCAUCUGCAAUGAACAGGUACCUAAUGGUAGCGGUACUACGACUUACUCGGGAUGGAUUACAUCGUUCUGCUUCUGGGACGAGAGCGGCAGAUGUCUGCACGGGGCAAAACCGGGACAGGAGGUCAGGUUGACGAGGAGCCAGAUGCCGAGCGGGUUCAGCAAAGUGCCAGUAACGCUGCUAAAGGACGGUAUCGAGAUCCCGACCGAGAUGGUAGCCGGGUCGAUGGCGAUACGAACAUUUCGGUCCAAAGAGGUGGUCAACGCGGGUGGCAGACCGCAGAUGCGUCGAGGCACCGGAAAUGAUACGAUACAGCCCGAAGUCGGAUGGUUUAUGUAUAAGACAUGA